AUGUUCCUUAAAACGGCGACAGACUUCAGAAAUGGCGCAUCUUUCGAGGAAGGCUCUGCCACUAGGCAACCCCUCCUCAAUCCGCAACAACCAUCGGGGCUCACGCCUGACAACACAAAGGAAAGGAGAUUGGCACCGAGGAAUGAGUGAUGUGGUUCUUUCAGGAACGAUUGUUGUGCGUUUCGUGUAUGCAGGGACGGUGGUGAGAAUUGCAGCUCUCACAAACCACUGGCCCUUUGCAACACGGCCCACUCUUCAGCAGUAGCCUCGUCUUCCCACCUCACCGUGUCUCACUUGGGUGAGAUGAGAUACAAGCCACAACUCCUCAAUGGGCGGAUGGAUGUAUGACAUUUCCGCAGCAAACAAGCCUCGCGUGUUGCCAAACGAGCCACUGCUCACGUAGAGUUGCAAAACACAGGCAUCUCAGCUGAUGCCUGAUUGUAUGUGAUGUGUGUGGUCCGACAAACGCAUGGUCAGGCCCCUGCUGCUGAGGCGUGAAAAGCUGGAGAGGCAGGCGAAGCUGCUGGGUACUCAUGAAUAUAUCGGAUGAAUGGAUGGAUGUGCUGCAAGAUGCUGCUUCGGCGCUGCAGGUCUGUGUGACGAUGAGUGGGACAGAUUCCACGACUGCUCCACACCGAAAUUGCUGAGAUGCCUCGAAAUCAAGGUAAUGUGUACAUGCUAACACGUGCACAGUGCGACGCUCUGUGCUUCUAUUAGGAGUAUCGUCGUCGGCAGGCGGCGGCACUCCGCAUUCAGAGCAGAUGGCGCACUUUUAGGGUCAGCCAGUGCAUGUGUGUCUCUCCUGGACUUGUGUCUCUGUCGACGAAUGUGCACGUGUGUGUCAUCUCCGUAUGUGUGGGUGUGGCUGCAGUGGUGUGUCAAUUACUACUGGGUGGUGAGACGGUAUCACGACGCCCAGCGGCGGAUAGUCGCAUACUGGCGCUUCUACAGCAGAUACAAGAAACCAAGGUGCGUCUGCCACAAGUUUUGCAAGCAAGGACUGUCACCUCAUGCUUCCCCUUGCGUCUUCUCAAUUCAGGUUUCAUCGCAUGUUGCGCCAGCUCACAGAAAAAUGGGCGAACAGAAGGAUCAAAGAUGUAAGUCGAAGGCACCUGUAUGUGACCGCUUCGACGGUCAUGUAUGUCUCUUUUGGUUCAUGUUGGUCUAUAGGCUGUCUUCGGCGUCACCCAUAAGAAGCGAGUGCUCCGGGAGAUGAGAUUUCAGAAGUGAGCGGGAGACGGUGGCGCCACGCCAUUCAUGACACGGCUCGUGGUUAAUGCAGGCUUGACCCGAUUCUGCAGCCGUUCGAGAAGCUGAAGCGGGACAAUGAGUACAGGGCGGCCUGCGCCAUCCAACGCCUUUAUUUGCGACACUACUUCCAGCACGGCCAAAGGACUGGUCAGCAAAUGAUCCACAGACGACCAACAAAUCACUCCAUUUCUUUCUCACGCUUCCCCAGGCUUCUUUCGCCUGAGGGCUGCCCUGCUCAUCCAGCGGGCCUACAGAGAGCACCGCAGAAGAGUGAGCGAACAGCACGCUCAUGCACCCGCACAGAUUUUUGUAUGAUUGUUCGUUGUGUCUCUGUCAGAGGAAGCUAGCCAUGAGAAGGAGACUGAAGCGCGCACACACAUCCGGAAGUAAGAAGAGACACGUGCUCCCAUCCCCCUCGCUCUCAUUGUGCCGUGUGCAGUGGAGAAGCUCCGAAGAGUCACAAGGGGCGUUCGACACAUAUUCUCCCUGACCAAAGCGCCCGUGGCCAACAACACCUCUGCAGUGCUCAUCCGCAGCACCUCAUCGCGACGAACACGCAUCAGCCUGCCGAGCAGCAGCAACCUGCAGGGAGAAGGUGAAGGAAAUGACCAAGAGCACGCCGAUGGGGAGAGAGUGGGUGGGGACGUGGAGGCUGGUCUGCUGGGUCGCUCGAUGAGCCGUGGCAGCCUGCGGACCUCCGUCAAGGUGCUGUAUGAGCCUGCCGUCGUUGAGAAGGUUAGAGAUAGGCAGGCACAGUAUUAUGACAGCCUCCUGCAGCCCGUCACCACUGCCCGAAGAGCCACGUAAGUGAGUGAGUGAGUGAGACAUGAAUACGCCAGCCAGCUGCGAGACAUCACGCUGUUUGUCCUUCCCUCCCUCCCUCCCUUCAGUGUGGCUGGUGGCACGAGUCGCUUCUCUCUCUCCCGCCACAGCGCCCUGAUGGCAUCAAUCAGCCUCCAUCCCCGCCGCGCGUCAAAGCAGCCCCCAACAGUACACGCCUCCACGCCCCGAGGACAGACACGGAUGGUCAAGAGGGCCAGCUGCACGCCGAAGCCGAGACGCCGAAAUGCUCGCUCGUCCGUGCGGCAGGCGAGGGCGUCUGCUUCGGGCCACCAUCAGCAGCCGCCAGAGGAGCAUGCAAACAAGGCGGAAGAGGCGCCUCAGCCGACGGCAGGCAAGCCGUCUCUUCUGGUGUGUCUGGCUGAGCAGCCGAAGGAGGUCAGGAUGCGCGAGGCGAGGCAGCAGCAGGGGCAGAAGGCUGCGUCACUCGCCGCACUCCCCCCGUCCGCUGCCCUGCACAAGCCCAAGCCACACCGCACAAGAACCAUGCACUAUCGAGGCUCGCUGGACAGUAGUCGCACGAGCAUUCUCAAGCACACCAGCAGAAGACCCGGGAGGAUGAGAAACGGCCUCCGCCGCCUGUCGUCCGCGAGGAUUGCUGCCAUCAAGUCGGCACUCUUGGGUGGUCAGCAGCUGUUGUUCGAGGACGAUUUGUAUGUGAUGAUGGAGGAAGACAAACAGGGCAGGGAGAGACCCAAGGCCAACCGUUCGCUGACUUUGCCCAACCUGGGCAAAUGCGGCGAAGCCGAUAGUGAGACGGGAUCCGUUGAGGACGGCGCUUGAUGCAUACGCAUUCGUUUGAUCUGCAUGCGCUAAGUAAGUAUUUGCUGGUCUGUGAAUGCAGCGACUUGCGUGCCAAAGGGCACUGUCGUUC